CUGCCGCUUAGCAACUGAGCAACCGAGCAACCGGCCGUUUACUUCCGCUGCCGUCAAACACAACUUUAUUAACAACAACAACAAUAACAAGAAGCAGAACGUAAAUUCGUGUAAACAAAUGAUUUUUAACGGUUCGUUUUCCUCCUUAAUCGCAAAGCUAAGUGGACUAAUUGCCAGUAUUAAAAACUGUUGUUAAGAAUUUGCCUUAAUAAAACCAGAACCAUAAACCAGAACCCGAAAUGUAAAAAAUACACUACAAACGAUGGACCUUUAGUGCGGGAGGUCUGCAAUUCAGAGGCCGGCUGAUCUAAACAUAUAGAAAAAAUAUGGAAACCACGAAUAAUUACAAAGGCCACCAACUGAAAACGAAACCUGAGGGUUUAUUGCUCGAGAGAAUGUGCUCAUUUAGCAUCUUCCUCAGAUCUACAGCAGAGGGACAGGAUCCUCCGUGGCAGGGUUCGGGGCUUUGUGAAGCAGCCGAACUUCACGAACCGAAACUGGGAGACAGUGGCCGGGGAUUUCCCCCGUUUCCCCCGAAGCAUUCGCUCCAGCAGUGGUCAGACCCACAGAUCAAACUGCGCCGGGGGAAGUUAGCGCACCCUCCGCCACAGAUGUGUCAAACUGGGACCGACUGACAAACUGCUCCGAGGACACCGGGUUUGCUUCCCCCCAGAGACUGUAGGAGAGCAAAUGGUCUCGUCUUUCGCGGUGACACCGGACAUCGCUCGGGUGCCACCACCGCUGGGUGUAAUCGUUUACUUGGGUAAAAGUAGAAAUAUCAAACUGAAAAUACUCUGCUGCGGGUAAAAGUACUGGUUAGACCCCAGUUGGGCCCCUUCACCGUGUCCGCGCUGUAAGUGGACCGAUGGUCUCCCGCCUGGUGACUUGUCCUAACGGAUCUCAAAGGACGACCAGGGGGACAUAGUUCAAAUAAUUAAACACCCAGUAACUGAGUACAUUUACUCGCGUAGUGUGCUUGUACCUGAGUGUGUUGCUGCUAACUUUUUUUUUUUACUCCACUACAGUCACCUGAAAGCUGCAGAUACCGGUUACUCCUCAGAUUCGGAUUCGGAUUCGGAUUCGGACUCAACAAACCAAGUACUCCCGUUAAGGCACCGGUAAAGCCGGUAAUAACCUCCGGUAGCGUGCUCGUCCUACGUCGGAUUUACUAAAGCCGUAUUUAAGCAUAUGCAUUAAACCAAGUUCGCAAAUGUGCCCGACGUGAAUAAAAACCGCGGAUGUGUCGUCCUGGUGGAAAAAGUCACAAACUUUACAAACACGAGAAAACCGCAAACAUCCGGGCAGGAAUGCUCACAGGCAAGAGUCGUGGUUUCCGCUGGGGGUUUAUGAAGGAGGCGGAGGAGAUCGGAGCCAGUCGUCGGAUGAACAGCCUGACGCUGAACCGUCACACCGAGAUCCUGGAGAUCCUGGAGAUCCCUCAGCUCAUGGAUACCUGCGUCCGAAACGGAUACUACGAGGAGGCUCUGGAGCUGGCAGCGUACGUCAAGAGGCUGGAGAAGAAACACUCUUCGCUCCUGGUCAUCCAGGGUAUCGUGCGUGAAGUGCGCCAGUCAACGCAGCUGAUGCUCAACCAGCUGUUGCAGCAGCUGCGCAGCAACUCGCAGCUUCCUGCCUGCCUGCGUGUCAUUGGUUACCUGCGGAGGAUGGACGUGUUCACGGAGGCGGAGCUGCGGGUGAAGUUCCUGCAGGCCCGUGGCACCUGGCUGCGCUCCAUCCUCGCCGCCAUCCCCGAAGACGACCCCUACUUCCACAUCACCAAAACCAUUGAGGCCUGUCGAGUCCACCUGUUCGACAUCAUCACCCAGUACCGGGCCAUCUUCUCUGACGAGGACCCGUUGGUGCCCCCCGCCGGCGGGCAGGUGCCGGUGAACGAGGCCGCCAUCUUCCACGGCUGGGUAGUGCAGAAGGUGGCGGAGUUCCUGGAGACUUUAGAGAAGGACCUGCAGCGGGGCGUGGGGGGCCGCCUCGACUCCCUGCUGGGUCAGUGCAUGUACUUCGGCCUGUCCUUCAGCAGGGUGGGGGCAGAUUUCCGCGGGCAGCUGGCGCCCAUGUUCCAGCGGGUGGCGAUGGAGACAUUCAGCAGAGCCGUGCAGGAGGCCGUCGACAAGUUCCAGGAGGACAUGAACCUGUACACGCUGAUCGCCCUGCCCUCGGUGCUGGGAGGGACCAUCCCCCCCGUGGCCCCCAGCACCCAGCCCGGCACCCUGCAGCCCCCCAUGUCCCUGCUGGACUUCCAGCCGCUGGCUUGCUUCCUCAACAAUGUCCUGGCCGCCUUCAACGACCUCCGGCUCUGCUGCCCCGUCGGCCUGGCCCAGGACGUCACCAGAUGUCUGGAAGACGCUCUGAAGAUGGUGACCCGUCAGAUUUUGGUGUUCCACCGGGCGGAGGAGUCGGCCUUCAGCAGCAGAGAGAAGGAGCUGUUUGUUCAGUUCUGCUGUUCGUACGCGGAAGAUCUGCUGCCGUUCCUCAACCGCUGCCUGCAGGUCCUGUUCCCUCCGGCUCAGAUCGCUCUCAUUCUGGGCGUUCCUCCAACUCAGCUGCACAGGUACGACGGUUUGGGCUUCAUCGACCUCGCUGCAGUUCUCGAGCCUCUGGACUUCGUGCUUCCACAGAGAGAGACGUUAGCGUCGUCGCUAGUGCCCGAGGUCGAUAUCGCCGCAGAACUGAACAGCCUGACAUUUAAGACGCAACUUAAAGAACCAAGAACAGAUCCAGAACCAACGAUGACCCGGUCCAGUCUCAGAGACCAUGAGUCUGAGGCGGAUGGUGAACCAACGGCGCUGCAGUCUGAGGAUCAAGAUGAAGAGACAAUAGAGGACAAGGAGUUUUCUUUGGAGUAAUGGACACUGGUACUAGACCGAGUUUUCGGUGAUGAUUCGGACUUAUGUUUCUCUCAUGGUGAACUGAGUCACUCUGGGUUUCUGGGUCUGACUGAAAGGGCAGGUCACCUGGUGAUGGACGUUUUUAUUUUGUCAACAUUUUAUGAACUGAAGUUUUUCGGGGGGGGGGGGCGCUAAUCCUGCUUUUUUUCUAUUCCAGUACCUAAAGUCUGUGAAUUUGUUGAGACCGAGUCUCUUUCACUCAAAUUUAAAAUCUGUAAAGCUCGGUGCUGGGGCUCAUUGAGAUCAUUUCCGUACAGUAACGUGAGCACGGGGAAGAUGUAGCACUCAGGAGUGAGUUGGCGACCCGCUGCGACUGAGGGAAUGAAAGUGAGAGGCUGAUAUUUAUGACGACAUCGGUCCAGGUUCAGGUGAGCUGCCGCCCCAGUGAGCGACACCACCAGAUGUUCUCCGGCUCCGGCUUCUCCGACUGGAGGUCUAACUUCUUCACUCGACUUUCUUUGGGUUUUUGGAAAUCCUGACAAGUUUUCCACACACUUUAUAGACAAAACUAAUCGAUCAAGGAAAUCACCUUCAGGAUAAUCAAAAAUAAUUUAGUUGCGGUCUGUAUCCAGGCUUGUAGUCAGCUUUUUACAUGUAUGCAAAGGGAAAGUGUCGCUGUGACCGCAGAGGGGCUGCAUGAAGGAGACAUCAUCAAACAAAGAGAUGAAUUAUCUAAAAUCCAUCCAGUCCGUUAGAAACGGACACCUGCACUAAGGGGGCUCUAAAAGUCCCGACAAGAUAGAUGUGUCUUCUCUCACUAACACAGUCAACAUAAGGUCAGUGUAGGUGACAAACUGGAUCACUGAUCCAGAGUUAUGGAUACGGCCGGGAGUGUAAAGCAACCAGGAUUAUAAACCGGUGUCAUCUCUUUGGUUAGCCUAGCUUAGCUUAAACACUGGAAGCAGGGGGAAACGGUUAGCCUAGCUCCUUCCAGCAGCUCCAAGUGUCUGAUCCACAUGUUGGAUGUCAAGAACUGUUGCUUUAUAGGAUCUGGACUAAGGAGUUAUAUGAGAAGCAAAAGGGUCAUGCGGCAGGUGUUGAGAUGUGUGCGUCUAGAAGUUUAAAUGACAUAUUUAAGAGAAAAUAUUUAAUUAAAAUGAUUCUGAACAGA